CUGCUUGCGGGCCGACUUGGGGCCAUACAACAUCAAUUAAUUAAUUGAGCAGACUUGUCAUGACAAACUAUAUGUGUUUCUAUGCCCCUGAUCCUCGGCCAUAUCAAAGGGCGGUGUGCGAACCCGAGUUUGUCUAACCUCAUCGAAACGGGCAGUUGACGAUUACAUCGAGCAAAUUCCAACGGAGCUUCCAUCUCUCAGACUAUUGGGCCGCGCCACACCAUUGACUCUGACUCCAAAGCCUCCAAGAUGUGCGGGUCCAAGCCAGCAUGUCCCCCACGUACAGUGUUCUGAAGACUUUUUACGAUUUCAUUAUCAUCGGAGCCGGCACCGCUGGCUCUGUUGUUGGGGCCCGUCUAUCGGAGAAUCCCAACUUUAAUGUUCUCGUACUUGAAGCCGGUACCGAUGUACCAAAGACUCAGACGUGGUCUGUGCCCUUGUUCGCUACGGGACCAGUAUCCGGUACAGAGGGGCUGUGGCGAUAUAUAAGCGAGCCUCAAAUUGGGCUUAACAACAGGACAGUUCCUGUCCCGCGUGGAAAAGUGGUUGGCGGUUCAUCACUUGUCAACUUCAUGGUCUAUACUCGUGGGUCGAUCGAAGAGUAUGACCGAAUUGCGAACGUCACAGGCGAUCAGCGUUGGUCGUGGGACAAUAUCCUCUCACUUUCCAAAAAGUCCGAAACGCGCGAACUCCCUACCAGUGGUCACGACUUCCCCGGGGAUUACAAUCCCGAGGGAUACGGAACCAGUGGACCUAUACGCAUCUCCCUUCCUAAUGACGGAAGUCCUUUCCACGAAAGAGUCAAACAAGCCGCGCACGAGCUCUCUGACUUCAGCUGGAACCCGGACACUAACUCUGGGACACCUCUCGGCAUGAGCAGAAUGUGGGGAACCAUAGGGACUGGAGUUAGAAAUGGUGCGAACAACUACUUCAACACGGCUGGACGUCGACGGAACUUGGACUUGAUACGGAACGCUCACGUUACGAGAAUAUUGUUCUCUAACGACAAAAUACCGGUUGUUACUGGCGUGGAGUUUGUACAAGGCACAAAUGGCACAAAGACCGUCGUCAAGGCUUCCAAGGAAGUCAUUCUUUCCGCUGGUACCAUCAACUCUCCCCAGAUCCUUAUGCUCUCGGGCGUCGGUCCAAAAACGGAACUGCAGGCAUUGGGGAUCAAAGUGGUUAAAGAUCACCCCCAAGUAGGCAAGAACUUGCAGGACCACACAGUGCUUGUGAACAGUUGGUAUAUAAAUGAUAACACCUCAGUGGACGCGUUCUACACCAAUCCUGUCUUUGCUCAACAACAGCGCGUAUUGUACAACACUAACAAAACUGGUCGUAUGUCCAACACGAUCAGCCAAACCAUUGGAUUCUUCCGUUUGCCUUCCGAUGAUCCCAUCUGGUCGCAACCCGGCGUCGUCGACACUUCCGCAGGUCCCAACUCGCCUCAAUUCGAAUUUCUCUUGGAUGACGAAUUCACGAGUACAAUCUAUCCCCACCCUUCGACGGGGAAUUUCAUGAGCAUUGCGACAGUCAACUUGGCUCCUAGUUCCAGGGGAACCUUGACGCUCAGAUCAAGCAACCCUUUUGACGCACCCGUGAUCGAUCUUGGAAUCCUCACAAAGGAGCUCGAUCUUCACAUUGGUGUAACCGCUCUCAAACGCGCACGAGAGUUCGUGACUGCACCCGCCUUCAAGGACUACAUCUUGGGAGAGUGGGGCCCACUAUCUCAAGCGCACACUGAUGAAGAGAUCAUACAGUAUAUUCGGAACACUACGGUGUCCAUUUUCCAUCCUACUAGCACCCUCGCCAUGUCAGCCUGGAACAGCCCCCAUGGCGUUGUCAACCCCGAUCUAACUAUGAAGGGUAUCAAGAAACUCCGCGUUGUCGACGCUAGUAUUUUCCCAUUCGUACCUGCGGCUCACCUUCAAGUUCCAAUCUACGCAAUGGCGGAGCUCGCUUCAGAGAUUAUCACCAGUGAUUACCAAUAGAUGAAACUUCGAUUUGCUUGGGUUAAAUGGGAGGGAUACGUGUCAUGUAUCCAAGGACAGUUAGGGGGGUUCGAGGAAAAAUAUUGAUCACAAUAUAGUGGGAAGUAUGGAGUGUGUAUCUAAUUCAUGGUGCGAAACGCAUCAUCAAUAACAGUCUUUUUCUUGGUACCUGUAUCUAUCCCUGUUGGGCUCAAAGCAG